AUGUAUCCGACACCAAAAGGUUAUUUUCAAAGAAGGUUUUUAUUUAUUGCUUUAAGUACAUUGGCCAUUGCUAUUUGUUAUGUUACAAGGGUGGUCUUGAGCGUAACUAUAAUUAAAAUGCAAAAUAAAUAUGAUUGGAGCAAUUCCUUUAAGGGAUUUAUAUUGGCUGCUUUCUCUUUGGGAUAUUGCAUGACACAGAUCCCAGCACAGUAUCUAUGCGAUCGAUUUGGUGGAAAAAAAGUAAUCUUUACAGGAUUAACUAUGAGCAUUUUCACAUUGUUUUUGGUACCUCUAGCAGCACAUAAUAAAGUAACCAUUAUAUUGGUUAGAGUAUUUUGUGGAAUCUUCCAAGGUGUUUCUUUUUCUACAAUGAAUUGGUUGAUUGGAAGAUGGAUACCUAUUUGCCAAAGAUCUUCAUCAGCUAGUUUUAUAUGGUCAGGUGUCUAUAGUGGCACUGUGAUUGGCGAUUUUAUAACACCAGUUCUAUUAUCAUUUGUAAGUUGGGAAGCUUCUUUUUACAUUAUUGGGGGUGGAUGUUUAAUUUGGUCUAUAUUAUGGUUUAUUUUUAUUUCAGAUUUCCCAAAGGAUAUCAAGUUGGUAGGAAUACACGAAAAUGAAGUUGCAUUUAUAAACCACGGUAAGACUAUGGAUAAAGAGUUAGAGUUAAAAACCAUUGGUGACACUGACACUGGUAAUCCAACCGAUGAAAACCAGAGCACCAAAAAGCCAUUUUUGUUUGUGAUGAAGACUUUUUUAAAAUCGAAACCAAUGUUGGCUUUAAUGUAUUUAAAUAUAUCUUGUAAUUGGGGUUAUUUCCUAUUACUAAGUUGGGCACCCACAUACCUUUCGAAACAACUAGGAAAUAGUGAUGGUUUUAAAUUUGCGUUUUUUAACUCUCUUCCAUUUAUAGUGGGUUUUUUAAACUCUAUUGUUUUUGGAUUUGUAUCUGAUAAACUAUUAGCAAAAGGUUUCAAAAAACUUUAUAUAUACUUAAGAAAGACAAUGGGUUGUUUAUGCUAUGGUAUCCCAGGUAUAUUUUUAUUUUUAACUGCUUAUGCCCCAAUUGGAACAACUGGAAAAAUUAUAUUUAUGACAAUUUCAAUUGCUGCCAAUGGAUUUACAAGUUCUGGUAGUAAUUUGUGUACUUUAGAUUUAACAAAAAGAUAUAGUGGUGUUUCAAUGGGCUUAGCAAACUUUUCAUUAGCCAUUCCAAAUAUUAUAGGUCCAUUAUUAGGUGGUGUUUUAUUAUCCGCAUUCAAUAACGAUUGGAACCCAAUAUUUACAAUUUCCGCAGGCUGUUAUUUGGCCGGUGCAAUUGUUUGGUUAAUUUUCUUAAAAGUAGAUUUAGUAAUUUAA